UUAAGCUCUCUCUCGCCCUUUCACAAACGAAAACUUGUUACGCAGUCGUUUAGAUUCCAACGACACAUCAUGUCGGGCCCAUCAGCGGCAGGUCUGGAGGCACAAUGGAAGGCCCAGCUCGCAGAAAUGCGCGCCGCUCUAGCUGAACUCAAACUUCCCCCAGCAAGCGCAGACGUCCUUUAUGAAUCCGAUGUCUCCUUUGAAGACGACGACAAAUUUUCGCCUGGAAAUAGCGGUGAUGAUGUAUGGGAUUUUAUCAGCGAUGGCGACGAGGAAGAUUUCUACAGUAGCAGCGACAAUAAUGUAAACAAAGACGCGCCACCAAGUGCGUCCUCUGGAUAUGGCCCUCAAUGGCUGAAAAGCAAGUGCCUCAUGUAUGCAUCUCGAAAACAAGGCCUCCGUGGAGAAGACCUGCAAGAGCAGAUCAUGGCACUUCUAGGCUCUGAUAGCGUGGAUGAAGAACUCCAAUCCACCCUAACAGAUAUCAUUGGUUUCGAUGACUUGGAUUUCGUGAUUGAUCUUAUUUCUCAUCGCAAAGAAAUCACAGCUCCAUCCCCAUUUUCAGUGGAUCAAGAUGAUAGUAUCUUCGGAAAAUUACAAACGAAGAGACAAAGAGAGGAGGCAUUGCGAAAGAGAGAUUAUGAGCAUAAAAAUGCUACCCUAGGCCCCAGUUUGGAUCGAGAUGGUCCCCAAUACCCACACGUUUAUAAGUCUGUAAAUACUGGAAAUCUGUUAGAUAACAGAGGAAGGAAAUAUGGCUUACCACUUGGGAGCGAAAGGAAGGAACACGCCGUACGUACGCUUCCUUCUGGAAGACUAUUCUGGUACUAAUUGUAUACAGAGGUAUGAAGAAUACAACAUUCCAGCUGCAAAAGUUGGGACUCUUGGUGUUGGUCGAAAGCUUGUCAAUAUCUCUGAAAUGGAUGGACUUUGUCGGAGGACAUUCAAGGGUUACAAAACUCUAAAUCGCAUGCAAAGUCUGGUCUACCCAGUGGCUUAUCAAACGAGUGAGAAUAUGCUGAUUUGUGCUCCCACUGGUGCUGUAAGUUUGACGCUCCCGGACGCUUCCGGUUUCUAAUGACUAUAGGGUAAAACUGAUGCGGCGAUGCUCACCGUUCUACAUGCUAUUGGCCAAAAUAUAUCUCCGAAUCCAGCAGAGAAGCCAGAAGCUUCUGAUUUUGUUGUCAAUACUGAGGAUUUCAAGAUUGUUUACAUCGCGCCAAUGAAGGCUCUCGCUGCUGAAAUUACUGAGAAACUUGGAAAACGUCUUGCGUGGCUUAGUAUACAAGUUCGAGAACUUACUGGUGACAUGCAUCUAACCAAAAAGGAGAUUGUUCAGACGCAAAUAAUCGUCACUACACCCGAAAAAUGGGACGUCGUCACUAGAAAAGGAACCGGGGACACUGAGCUUGUUCAAAAGGUCCGUUUGCUUAUCAUCGAUGAAGUUCACAUGCUUCAUGAUGAUCGUGGAGCGGUCCUUGAAUCUCUUGUGGCACGAACGGAACGUCAAGUUGAGAGCACACAAUCACUCAUUCGCAUCGUCGGCCUAUCUGCUACGCUUCCCAACUACAUCGAUGUUGCUGAUUUUCUCAAAGUCAAUCGACAUGCUGGCUUAUUUUACUUCGAUGCCAGUUUCAGACCGGUUCCUUUGGAGCAACAUUUUAUUGGAGUCAAAGGCAAGGCAGGAACUAGAACCUCACGAGACAACAUUGAUACCACUGCAUUCGAGAAAGUCAGAGAGAUGCUUGAACAAGGACACCAAAUUAUGGUAUUCGUCCACUCAAGAAAAGAUACGCAAAAUACAGCGAAAAUGCUGUACGAGAAAGCUAUUGACCAGGUCUGUGUUGAUCUAUUUGAUCCCAGCGGACAUCCUUUGUACGAAUCAGCUGUAUCGGAUCUGAAGAGCUCAAAGGGGCGAGAGCUUCGAGAGCUACUGCCGAAAGGUAUGGGUAUUCAUCAUGCUGGCAUGGCUCGUUCAGAUAGGAAUUUAAUGGAGAAGCUCUUUGGCAAUGGUGUUCUGAAAAUACUCUGCUGUACCGCAACGCUGGCCUGGGGUGUCAACUUGCCAGCUGCAGCUGUUAUUAUCAAAGGCACUCAGGUGUAUAGUGCUCAAGACGGAAAAUUUAUCGACCUUGGGAUUUUGGAUGUCCUUCAGAUCUUCGGUCGUGCUGGUCGACCUCAAUUCGAAGAUACUGGUAUUGGAAUGAUAUGUACCACCCAAGAUAAACUCCAGCAUUAUCUUACAGCUGUCACCGCCCAAGUGCCGAUUGAAUCAAAAUUCUCAAAACACUUAGUUGAAAAUCUGAAUGCCGAAAUUGGAUUGGGAACUGUCGCUUCUGUUCCAGAAGCAGUAACAUGGCUAGGAUACUCUUUCCUCUUCGUUCGUAUGCAGCGAAAUCCCUUGACAUAUGGGAUCGACCGGGCCGAACAACGAGACGACCCAGAACUCGUGCAACGGCGACGCUUGCUGAUUAUUCAGGCGGCAAGGACUUUGCAGCAAAAUCAAAUGAUCAUUUUCAACGAAAUCACGGAAGAGCUCCGAAGUAAGGAUGUCGGUAGAAUUGCGAGCCAGUACUACAUUCUCCAUACAAGUAUUGCGAUCUUCAAUACUAUGAUGAGUCCGCAGGCAACCGAAGCAGAUGUUUUGAAAAUGCUUGCGAUGAGUGGAGAAUUUGACAAUGUUCAGUCUAGAGAUAAUGAAUCAAAGGAGCUCACCAAACUGAAAGAAGAGCAGUCUCCUUGUGACGUGGAUGGAGGCAGCGACUCCCCGCAAGCAAAAACGAAUAUCCUCCUCCAAUCCUACAUUUCUCGAGCUCAUGUUGAGGAUUUCGCCCUAUCCAAUGAUUGCAAUUAUAUUGCACAACAAUCCGCCAGAAUUUGCAGAGCACUCUUUAUGAUUGCCUUGAACCGCCGGUGGGGGCACCAAUGUCUCGUCUUGCUCACGAUGUGUAAGUCCAUUGAAAAAAGACAUUGGGCGUUCCAGCAUCCUCUGGUACAAUUUGAGCUCCCAAAACCAGUAAUCAAUCAACUGGAAUCGAGAGAUGGGGUAUCCAUCGAGACCCUGAGAGAUAUGGAACCUGCUGAAAUCGGCUCCUUGGUACACAAUUUUGCAGCUGGAAAGACGAUCUCAAAAAUCCUUGACAACUUUCCCACGAUCAGCAUAGAGUCGGAGAUUGCCCCUUUAAAUCGAGACGUACUCAGAAUCAAGCUUUAUCUGACACCAGACUUCCGUUGGAAUGACCGUCACCAUGGUACUUCUGAGAGUUACUGGAUUUGGGUUGAAAAUUCCGAGACCUCGGAGAUAUACCACCAUGAGUUUUUCAUUCUCAGUCGCAGAAAGUUGUAUGACGACCAUGAGCUCAACUUUACAAUUCCACUAUCGGAUCCUUUGCCAACUCAGAUAUAUGUCAGAGCUGUUUCUGAUCGCUGGCUCGGUGCUGAAACAGUACACGCUGUCUCAUUCCAGCACCUGAUCAGGCCAGACACAGAAAGCGUAUACACCGAUCUAUUGAACCUACAACCGCUGCCGAUUAGUGCUCUUAAGAACCCCGGAUUAGAGGAAAUAUAUGGCAAGAGAUUUCAGUAUUUCAAUCCGAUGCAAACCCAACUUUUCCACUGCCUUUAUCAUUCACCCGCGAAUAUAUUCCUCGGUUCUCCCACAGGAUCCGGAAAGACAAUUGCUUGCGAAUUAGCAAUGUGGUGGGCAUUCAGAGAGAAACCUGGGUCAAAAGUUGUUUAUAUCGCUCCCAUGAAGGCGCUCGUUCGGGAGCGUGUCAAGGAUUGGAGUGCGCGAAUCACUCGACAGAUGGGGUUGAAGUUGGUAGAGUUGACUGGUGAUAACACACCUGAUACUCGGACUAUUCGGGACGCGGAUAUCAUUGUUACUACUCCUGAAAAAUGGGAUGGUAUCUCUAGAGGUUGGCAAUCAAGAAACUACGUGAAGCAGGUUAGUUUGGUUAUCAUUGAUGAAAUCCACCUUCUUGGCGGCGACCGAGGCCCAAUUCUCGAGAUCAUUGUUUCUCGCAUGAAUUAUAUUGCUGCGCAAUCCAAGAACUCUGUACGUCUCAUGGGUAUGUCAACCGCUUGCGCAAAUGCUAUGGAUCUGGGAAAUUGGCUUGGAGUCAAAGAGGGAUUCUUCAAUUUCCGACAUAGUGUUCGUCCUGUUCCUUUGGAGACUUUCAUUGAUGGCUUUCCCGAAGUACGAGGGUUCUGUCCCUUGAUGCAGUCCAUGAAUCGGCCGACCUUUCUAGCUAUCAAAACGCACAGUCCUGAAAAGCCGGUAAUCGUAUUCGUCGCCUCUCGUCGACAAACUCGAUUGACGGCUAAAGAUUUGAUCAAUUUCUGUGGCAUGGAGGACAAUCCACGACGUUUCGUCAAGAUGUCCGAAGAAGAUUUGCAACUGAAUCUUUCUCGAGUCAAGGAUGAUGCCUUGAAGGAGGCGCUGAGUUUCGGUAUUGGCCUUCAUCAUGCAGGUCUCGUUGAAUCUGAUCGUUCGUUGUCGGAAGAAUUGUUUGCAAACAACAAAAUUCAGAUCCUUGUUGCUACAAGUACGCUUGCUUGGGGUGUCAAUUUACCAGCGCAUCUGGUGGUUGUCAAGGGAACACAAUACUUUGAUGCCAAGAUCGAAGGAUAUAAAGACAUGGAUCUUACAGAUGUUCUCCAAAUGCUUGGUCGUGCUGGCCGUCCACAGUUUGACACAUCUGGUAUUGCAAGAAUACUCACUCAGGACUCUAAAAAGGCGUUCUACAAACACUUCCUCCACACUGGUUUUCCGGUUGAGUCGUCACUACAUAAUGUCCUCGAUAACCAUCUCGGUGCAGAAGUGUCCGCGGAAACAAUUACGACUAAACAGGAUGCGCUAGACUACCUGACUUGGACAUUCUUCUUCCGCCGUCUUCACAAAAAUCCGUCGUAUUAUGGGCUUGAGAUCUCAGCCGAGGAACAUAAUACCAUUGCUGCUCAACAAAUGGCAAAUGAAUACAUGAUCGAGAUGGUUGACAAAUCACUGAACGAACUCGCCGAAUCUCAAUGUUUGUCCACUGAACCGAACGGAAACGUUGACUCCACAGCAAUGGGAAAGAUUAUGAGUUACUAUUACCUCUCUCACAAAACUAUUCGCCACUUGGUAAAACACGCCGUCCGCAAUGCCACAUUUGCCGAUGUACUCUUCUGGAUGUCUAGCGCCAUAGAGUACGACGAGCUCCCAGUUCGCCAUAAUGAAGACCUCAUCAACGCCGAACUAUCAAAGAAUCUACCCAUACCAGCAUCUUCCUUCGACGGUCUGCCCAUGUGGGAUCCCCACGUGAAAGCGUUCUUGCUUCUCCAAGCACACAUGUCACGUAUUGAUCUUCCCAUCACGGAUUACGUGGGCGAUCAAACGAGCGUUCUUGACCAAGCUAUCCGUAUCAUCCAGGCUAGCAUUGAUGUCCUUACCGAACUGGGAUAUCUCUCGAGUUGUACCCAAAUGAUAACUCUCCUUCAAUGCAUCAAAAGUGCGCGUUGGCCUACAGACUAUCCUCUUUCUAUCCUUCCUGGUGUCUCCACCACUCCUUCUAAUCUCGACAAGUUGCCAAAAUCGUUACAAGAUUUCGCGGCGCAGUCUGAGGUUGAAUACCAAUCUUCGAUUCGACUUCUUGGCGUUUCUUCCGGGCAAAUCCCAAGAUUCAACAAAGCAGCCACCCAAAUUCCUCUCUUGAAGAUUGGAGUCAGAGAUGUCAAGCCAACGGAACUCACGGUUGUGAUAGAUCGCGUGAAUCCACUCACAGAUAAAGACGGGAAGAUGUAUGCACCUCGAUUCCCCAAAUCUCAAACGGAGGGGUAUUUUGUCAUUCUCUGUGAGGAGGGUAAGGAUGAGAUUGUGGCUAUCAAAAGAGUCGGCUGGCAUGCUACUAAUGGUGGUGGUGCAGGAACAAGGGGGAAAGGGCUUAGUUCGAAAGCCACGCUGAAGAUUCCCGAACCAGAAAAUGUAGGGGGAACAGGGGAGAAAAUGAGAAAAUUAGAUGUUUGGGUUGUUAGUGAUGGUUAUCUUGGGGGAUUAUGGAAGGUGGAAGGAGGUGUGGAUGUGCCGGUUGCUGUGAUGGUCAUGGAAGGCUUUGAUACUGGAAAAGGGAAGGAGAAAUAUGUCGACCAGAACGCUGGGAAGAGUUAGAGAUUGAUAACCUUUUGCUUCGAACUUCGUGAUAAGGCGAUAAGAAUUGUAGAGUAACACCUUUUAUAGCACAAUACUGUUAGCCAAAAGCAUAGCAAGGCA